CCCAAGUCCCUCCAAUAUUUUCACUCACUCUCUUUCUUUCUGCCUUACUUUCAAAAUUGUAGAGAGAGAAAGAGAGAUGUGAUGAUUUGCUGAAGUUUUAUGCUGUGGGCAUGGACACUCCUCUGAAGAAUCAGACAACCACCCCCACCACUCCUCUUCCUUCUAAAUAUGAGGAUUCCCCCGUCUUCAACUACAUUAGCAAUCUUUCUCCAAUUGAGCCAGUCAAGUCCAGAGGAAAUGAUCACACCUUCAACUCACUAACUUUUGCAUCUCUUCCACCUAUUUUUACUUCGCCACAGAAUGUUUCCCUCGGUGAAACUAGAUUCUCACUCAGAAGGCAUCACUCCUCUGAGGCAUCAAAUCCGGAAUCAUUCCAGACUCCAAACCCAAGUGAUAAACUUGGAAGUGUCCCAGUUGCUGUUGAACAAUCUUAUUUUGGCACUAAGCAAUCAGAAUGCUUUACACCUGGAAGUUCAGGUACAGAGGUUACCCAUGCAAUACCAGCUGAGAAUUUGGAACUAGCAAUUGAGUUGUCAAAUACCUUGAAGUAUAGUUCUGGUAGCCCAGAUAGAAAUGUGCCUUGUGAUGCCACAGAUACUGUGCUGGAGACAGCUGCCACGCCGGCAUCACUUGUUCAAUCCGUUGUACAUCAUUCAGAAGAAAGGCACUCUUCAUUUGAAAGGGAAACACACUUGCGCAGAAUUUGCGGAAUGGAGCAUGAGAAAGAAGCAGCUGGAGUUGAUUGGACGAGGUUGAUUUCUGAUGCUUCUGAUCUGUUAAAUUUUGAUUCAACAACCAUUGAAGAGAGUUCUGACGGGGAGGAUCCUAAAACAGUAGAUCCUGGGGCAAUCUGUUUUAUAUCAAACAUCCUACAAGACAAUCACGAUGAUAUGGAAGUGAUGGAAUCUGGUCCUAUUGAUUCCAGUGAACAAUACGCAUUGGGAAAGUUCAGUAAUCAAUCAGAAGGUAUUGGGGACUUGAAGGAAACAGAUGAAGCACCAGCAGUACUUUCUAGAAAUUUGCUGGAUAAGUUAAAUGUAGAUGACAAGUGCCCAAAGUGUAUCCAUUCUAGCUGCACGCAUAAUUCUCAGUCGUACGCAAUAAGCAGGAGGUGUUUGAAUUUUGAAAGGGCAGAAACUCACAAAAGGAAAUCAAUAUGUGAUACUAGUGGCAGUUAUUCAGUCCCAUUACAGUCCAAUUGUGAAGUCACCCUUGAAAAAAAGUUGAUUCGAACUACAGCGGGUUGUGAUUAUUCAUCUUCUAGGUUACCUGGUAUAGGUUUGCACUUGAAUGCUCUUGCAACUACUAGUGAAAGUAACUUAAGUAAAGUUGUAAACCAUGAGACUCAGGCUUCUGAGAGUCAAGUAACAGAGACUCCGAACUCCAAGAUAUCUAGUACUUGUUUGACUCCCAGUGAGGUUUCUCGUGAUGAAUCUUGCAAAAGUGAAGUUCAUAUUGCAGAAACUCCUCCCGAAGCAUGUGCACCAGUUGGUGUAGAAUCCGACCAUAGUAGUCCUGAGAAUAAAAGGCUUAAGUCACAACAUGUAGGAGAAAGCUUGGCCUGCAAGCGCUGUAACUGUAAGAGGUCAAAAUGCCUGAAACUUUACUGUGACUGUUUUGCUGCCGGUCUCUACUGUAUUGAGCCUUGUUCAUGUCAAGAAUGCUUCAACAAGCCUAUUUAUGAAAAUAUUGUUGUAGAGACUCGCAGACUGAUUGAAUCUCGCAACCCACUUGCAUUUGCUCCCAAAGUGAUUGGUAGCAUCAAUGCUACUCCACAAUUUGGGGAGGAAACUAACUCCACCCCAACUUCAGCUAGGCAUAAAAGGGGAUGCAAUUGUAGAAAAUCAGGUUGCUUGAAAAAAUACUGUGAAUGCUUCCAGGGUGGUGCUGGAUGCUCCAUUCUCUGCCGAUGCAUAGGGUGUAAAAACACUUUUGGUCGGAAAGAUGAAGCUGAAGAAAGUGAAAUUGAAGAACACAAAUCACGAGUUCGGAAAAAGGAUGCAACAGAUGUCAGCUUAGGGAAAGUGAAGGAUCAAGAUCUCCCAAUGACACUUCCUGGGAUUUGCAGACCCUCAGGCCAACUCACAGCCAGUUUUAGUGGGAAACCGAAAAUAUUUUCUCUACAUUCUGUUCUGUCAUCUCCUCAGCCUGAAAGGCAUCUUCAGGUAAUUCCGGAAGAGGAAACUCUUGAGGCAUUGGAUAAUAGCUGCUCACAACCCAGUGGUGUGAAGUCAACCUCUCCAAACUCAAAGAGGGUUUCACCUCCUCACAGCGGCAGCGAGUUCGGGUCAGCUGCUUGGAGGGGCGGCAGGAAGUUAGUUCUGAGAUCCAUUCCACCAUUCCCAACUCUCGCACCACCACGGAAGCAUUGACUUCCCACAAGCUCCAGUCAAGCCCUUGCGUUUUCCUUUGUAAUGCUGAGGCUUAAGGCCUAUCUAUUCUUUGCUGCAUUAUUGUGAUACAAAUUUUAUCACAGAUGUGGCUUUUUGCAAUUUUUAUCUUUUCUUAUGAUAGAGUUGUUGCCCCAAAAAACAC